CAAAAAGAAUUUAACAAUGCAGGAAGCACCUGUCCAAUGAAAUCUGUUCUUAUUUAAUGAUUAUGAUUGGAAUGAAAUUUUUGUUGCUAAUGAUGCUUCAAAGAAAAACUUUAGGAUAAAAGUAAUUACAAAAUGGAAUCAGAAACAAGUGAAACACUAAAGAAACAAUUCCAGUUACUUCAAGAACAACAACAGAAGAAAUUACAAAGGAGGAAGCAGAAGAAAGAAGAAAAAAGUAAAGAAAAAUCAAUAGUUAAUACAUCUAAUGCCUUUGGAGUUGAUGAUGAUUUAAACCUGAAGUUAGCAGAUCCUGUACCAAAAGGCAGUGGUUAUGUAUCAGAGGAACUAGUACAACAUUUAAAUAAUCAAAUCAGGGAAGUAAAAGAUGAAAAUGGAAGAUUGUACAGACUACUGAGUGAGAAAGAUUUUGAAAUAAGAAAUUUGAAGAAGAAAAGAGAGGAAGAUGAAGCAGCUGGUGGUAAAGUAACUAAUGAAGCUGCAGCAACUAAGAUUGUAGAAUUGUCAAAAAAAGUCAGAGAACUUACAGCUGAACUUCAGUCAGAGAAAACUAAAGUUAAACAAUAUGGCAAAAAAUGUAUGGAAUUACAAAAUCAGAUUUCUAACAUCCCAGAAGAAACAAGGUCGAUGCUGGGAUCAGCUAUUAGUUUAAAUUCACAGUUGGACGAAAAAAAGGAGAAUGAGGUUGAUGUGAAAGGUUUACAGGACAAGUUAAGACACACAGAGAAUAAGAUGUCAGAGUACAGGAUACAGUGUUCUACACUCAAAAAUGAAAUCAAGAUGGCUCAAAAGGUUUUACAACAAGAAAUUGGAACAGAAAAUAUCAGCAUACAAUCCUUAAUGAAUCAGCAGAGUAGCUGGAGGGGAAGAGCACAACAAAUCAUUAGUCUACAACAAAAGGUAGAAGAAUUAAAAGGGAAGUUAGAAAACUCCAAACCCAAAGAAUAUGAUUUAGAGAGAGAAAUGUUAGGGAAUUCUUCAGCUAGGAAGAGAACUGGUGAUGACAGACAUAGAGAGCAGCUCAGGAAGAUUGACAAAGAAAAAAAGGAAGCUCAAGAGAGAGCAGCAAAUGAAUUCAAAGCCUUAGAAUCUGAUCAUGAAAAUUUAAAGAAGAAAUUAGAUGCUGCCAAGUCAAGAAAUUCUGUUUUGUCAAAAGAAAUAAAGUCAUCCAAACAGCAAAUGCAGACCAUGGUACAGAAGGGUCAACAUGAUGAUGAACUCAUUGAAGCUCUAAUGUUACAACAAGCACAGCUGCAAAAAAUGUUAGAACAGACUAGUGAAACAAAGACACUGACAGAAGUUGAUUCACGGGAGAAAGUAAAACAAAUGGAAAUGAAAAAACAGCAUGAUAAUAAUAUUGUACAGCAGCUUAAAAUCAUUGUAGCUGAAAAAGAGACAAAAGUUCAUUCUUUAGAAGAUGAAAUUAAACAGUUAAAAUUGAAUCAUUUACAGAAAGCACAGAUGGAAAAUGCUAACAUGUUGUUCCAGCCCUCUAACAGACCUCAGUCUUCUAAUGAGAAUGUAGAACUAGAAUUCAGACUGUCAUCUGUAACACCUACAGAUUCAAGAAUGAGUGAUAGACCACCAACUGUGAAUAGUAUUUUAGAUUCAGCCAGGUCUCAUUCUAGAAAAUCACUGGUUAGGGAACCUUCCUUUACUGUCAAUAAUUUAGACAAACGUGCUGUGAAUGAGCUAACUUAUCAGUGCCAGGAGUAUAAAACUCUUAUGCAGGUAGCUGAUGUAGAAAGAGAAAAACUUUCAGAGUUAGUACAGAUCUUACAAAAAAGAUCUGAUGAAAGUACACAGAAAGUAGCUGAUGUGCAAAAUGAAUUGAUAAAUCAAAGAAAAAAGAACGCCUUGUUAGAGAAACAGAUUGGGAAGUCUAAAAUAGAACAAUCCAGUAAAAGUAAAGGUGAUGGUUUACCCUCCCGAAGUAAGAAGCAGUCUGGAAGAGCUAGUAGUGUGAAUGUAGCCUCCAGUAUAAGAGAUUCUGCAGUGUUUGGUGAAAUGGAUGAAGAUGAUCUCCCACAAAAUAUGAAUCUAGAUGAGUUAGUUACUACGCUUGAAAUUCAGAAAGACGAAAUAGACUCUUUAAAAGGAACAUUGAAAAAUACUUUAAAAGCCAAGGAAGAAGACUUGAGAAUGUAUUCACAAAUGAUGGAGGAGACAAAAACAGUGUUUUUACAAGCACUGAAACAAUUUAAAGAGAAUGAUCAAGGGACAUGAUGAUGUAUUUUUUAGAUUAUUGACUUGGAAUAAUGUGCUGUUAUCUGUAUAUGAAUGGAUGCAAGUUCUGUAUUGCAAUUCAUUAGAUGUGAACAUGAAGAUACAACUAUUUAUUUAUGAAUUUAUUGAUGUUGAAUAAUGGGUGUGGACACCUGUAAGUCCACAGUUUAACUCUGUCUAGAAAAACUACAUAUUUGCUCAAAUAUACGUUUUAAAUGGUCUGUCAAAUGUCAAAAGGUGCACAACUAGUCAAGUACCAGUUACUGUUAGGAAUCUUCAGGUUUUUUUUCUUGAAAAAUAGUUUAAAAGAAAGUGUGUCUGAAAAGUAUUGCACCAAUGAUAUAAUUCUCAUUUUAUCAAUGAAAAAUGGUCUCUUAGCUUGUAAUUUUAUGUAUAUCAAUUACUCAUGAAUACAUCUGCUAAAUAAUUGAAAUUUUUCAAUAAAUUCAAAUUUGAUAUCUUCUCUUUCUCAGGUGUACAUAUGAAAAAAAAAAUGUCAAAUAAAUCAAGCAUGAUGUAAUUUACCAUUUGAUUAAGGAAUUUCCUUGUAGUUCAGUAUUUUUGUUUUUUUUUACUUUUUUCCUCAUCAGAUUGCCUUGAAUAAACAAAACAAAAAAAACAAAAAUCUACAAAUUACUGAUCUUAUAGUACUCACAGUAAAUGAAGGAUAGCUCAAAACUAUUUCAAAUAGAAAACAAACCAUGUUUUCUCAAAACUAAAAUAUCAGUCUGUACACAUCCAAAAGAUUUAGUGUAAAGACUUUAUUAUUAACAAUACGAGAAUAAAAAUUAUCACUAAAAUUCCACUAUAUAAGUACCAACUGGAUGUUAGACCAAAUAUUUGUGAAUCGUUCUGUAACGAGAUAUAAAAGAAAAAAACAAUGCAUUUCAAUGUCCUGAUAAAAUCAAGUAAAAUAGGAUUUAUGCAAAUAAGAAUAUUUGUCUGAUAUUAGAAGCAGUUUUUGCAUUGCAAAUGUUGUUAAAGAUAGUGUAAAGUGACAGUAACUGGUACCUAAUUGUCAUUGUUGAUGUGAUAGAAUUUUAAUGGAAAAUAUAGAAAGGCUUUUAUUGAUGAACUAGCCCAUUUUAAUUGUGUUAUUCAUUUUAAUCCUGCACAUGCUUUGUAGUUUUAAUUGUUAUAAUUUGUUUCAUGUGGCAGUGUUCAGGUGUAUCUAUGCACACAGAACACUUUUAUCAUGUUGAUAUAUAAAAGACUAGACCCAAAUUAGCAAAUAUAUUUGUGAAGGACAUGAAGUUGUUUACCUGCUUCAUGACUUUUCUUUUAAGUGUUUUUUAUGUUUCUCAUUAAAUAACAUGGACUUAGCUAUAUUUUAUGAUUAAAAGAAAAGAAACAUUCUUUAGACAACAAC